CAGCCAUUUUACAUCCUCAAGAGUGAAUGACUGGAGCCGGACCAGUGCCGGGAGUUUUACACUUUUCUCUUUUUAUUAUCACAUUUAUCUUCCGAAAUUAUCAACACAACACAAUUUGGUGAUCCAUCGGCAGAUUUCUGGAGACAUGGCCACAGAACAUAUUAAUGGAAAUGGUCCAGAAGAACCAAUGGACACCUCUGCUGCAGUUACCCAUUCUGAGCACUUCCAGACUUUAUUAGAAGCUGGUUUACCACAGAAAGUUGCUGAAAAACUAGAUGAAAUUUACAUAGCAGGACUGGUGUCACACAGUGACCUGGAUGACCGGGCGAUCGAGGCCCUGAAGGAGUUCAACGAGGACGGAGCUCUGCAAGUCCUGCUGCAGUUCAAGGAGAGCGACCUCUCACAUGUUCAGAACAAAAGUGCCUUUCUUUGUGGAGUUAUGAAGACGUACAGACAGCGAGAGAAACAAGGGACCAAAGUGUCAGACUCCAAUAAAGGACCAGACGAGGCCAAAAUCAAAGCCCUGCUGCAGAGGACUGGCUACACACUCGAUGUGACCACAGGCCAGAGGAAGUAUGGGGGCCCCCCCCCAGAGUCGGCCCACUCCGGGGUUCAGCCCACCAUUGGUACAGAGAUAUUCGUUGGCAAGAUCCCCAGAGACCUGUUUGAAGACGAGCUGGUCCCGCUGUUCGAGAAGGCUGGUCCUAUCUGGGACCUUCGCCUGAUGAUGGACCCUCUCAGCGGCCUGAACCGAGGCUACGCCUUCGUCACGUUCUGCACUAAAGACGCUGCACAGGAGGCCGUUAAACUGUGCAACAACAAUGAAAUUCGACCAGGAAAACACAUCGGUGUCUGCAUCUCUGUGGCCAAUAAUAGACUGUUUGUGGGGUCCAUCCCCAAGAGUAAAACAAAAGAGCAGAUUGUGGAGGAAUUUGCAAAAGUCACAGAGGGCCUAAACGACGUCAUCCUGUAUCACCAGCCAGACGACAAGAAGAAGAACCGCGGCUUCUGCUUCCUGGAGUACGAGGACCACAAGACAGCGGCCCAGGCCCGCCGCCGCCUUAUGAGCGGCAAGGUGAAGGUGUGGGGCAACGUGGUCACGGUGGAGUGGGCCGACCCCAUCGAAGACCCCGACCCGGAGGUCAUGGCCAAGGUGAAGGUUCUGUUUGUGAGGAACCUAGCCAGUACAGUAACAGAGGAGAUCCUGGAAAGCACCUUCAGUCAAUUUGGCAAGCUGGAGAGGGUGAAGAAGUUGAAAGACUACGCCUUCAUUCACUUUGAGGAGAGGGACGGCGCAGUGAAGGCUCUGGCUGACCUCAAUGGAAAGGACCUGGAGGGGGAACACAUAGAGAUCGUCUUCGCCAAGCCCCCCGACCAGAAGAGGAAAGAGCGCAAAGCGCUCCGACAAGCAGCCAAAACACAAAUGUAUGACGAUUACUAUUACUACGGGCCCCCACACAUGCCGCCGCCCACCAGAGGCCGGGGCCGGGGGGGCCGCGGCGGCUACUCCUACCCUCCAGACUAUUACGGCUACGAAGACUACUAUGAUUACUACGGAUACGACUACCACAACUACCGGGGCGGUUACGACGACCCCUACUACGGCUACGACGACUACCAAGUGAGCGGGAGAGGAAGGGGAGGCCGUGGAGGAGGAGGAAGCGGCGGGGGAGGUGGAGGAGGAGGCGGAGGAGGAGUACGCGGAGGCACCAGCCAGACUCGAGGCCGCGGCGGAGCCACGCCCAGGGGCCGGGCCAGCUUCUCCCAGCGAGGAGGUCCUGGGACCAGCAGAGCAGGGAAGCGGGGGCGCGGCCGGUCCUGACCUGUCCACGUGGAGACGGACUUGCUGUGUGGGGUUACACCGUAAGCUGCAAUGGAUGUUGAUAGAAAAACAAACUUCAACGAAAAGUUCCAACGAUAUUCCAGCCUUACUGAAGAAGCAUCUCCUAGCCCCCCCCCCCCCCCCCCCCCCCCCCCUCUCUCUAACUGCCACCUGGAAAAGAAAAUGCCGGAGGAUAAUGAAUGGUUGCCCCACCUUGUUCCUAGCCCCUAGCUCCAUACCAUGCUCCAUGUAUUGCCCCAACAAUCGCCCCUCUCCCCGCCCCAGAACAUGCCAUUUUUAAAUAAUUAUUGAAGAAUUUGCACUUUUAAGUUUCUUAGGUUUGAAGUGGCUCAAAGGAGCUUGAUGCUAUUGUAUAUUUUUGUGCUAAUUGUCUGAAUAUCCUGUUAAUCUUAAUGGUUUGGAUGUUUGGAGGAACGUUUGCAGGUCUUUAGGGCGUACCCACCUGGCUGGAUAAGUCAGGCAUUCCAGGAAAGUUGUUCUUUUCAGAGCUCGUCUUUAAGGGUUGGUUGACUACCUCACUACCCGGCCUGUGCUGUAAAUAGGGAAACUAUAUUGAUGGAAGCAGGGCUCGUUUUCACCCUACAAAAUAUGCACAAGAGCAGCAGCGCAAAACAAAAAAAUGUACUUAAUGUAAUAUAGGCGUUUUAGCUGCGGCUCUGACACUGCAAACAGUCAAACUGGGCAUGCAAAACAAUCUCAUCAGAUGAGUCAGAACCAGCCCUGCUUCCAUCCUAUUUUGAGCUGAGCGGCAGCAGUGGCGCUCAGAGUAUGUAGUUACUGGUGUAUAGUUUUUCGAAAAAGGAAAAAAAAAGUUACUUUUGUAAAGGCUUCAACACCACAGGGGGCAUCCAACUUUGUUUUAAUACGCCCUGCAGUGUCCCUUUGGAACCACUAUUCUAGUGGAUUUGUUUUAUAUUAAUACCAAUGAAGCAACAGAAUAAUGUCAGACAACUCCAUAACCCAGUAAUCGUCCCAAUCAUGUAAGAUCUCAGAUCACACCUGACCACCGCGAGUCACUCAUAUUUAUUUUCAAGGUUCUCUUGAAUGAAUACUAAUUGCCAUAUUGCCCCGCCAUCGCGAAAUGUGUGCCUAUUGUUAGUGUCCUGGUGCGGGGGAUCAGCGUCACGCCGUGGGAGAAGGGAUACUGCAGAGAAUGAUUUCUAUUUCCAGGUAUAGCAAAAAGGAAACAGUGCUAUUCAAUCCCCGGUUUUGUAUACAGUUAACUCCCUCUUCAAUAAAAUCAUUACAACCACCUUUUGAAAAAAAGAUGUUAGCAGUUUUAAACUAUUGUUGGUGGCCAACAACGUUUUUUGCAUUCCUGCAAAUAAAUUGUUUUAUACUGUAAAAUGGAGGUGAGUGUAACUUAUUUUUGUAAUAAAGUUUUUGAU